AUGCAGUACUCUUACCUCCUCCAGAGUACUCCAGGCCUGAAAGCUGAAGGCCCAUAUUCUCCAUCAUCAUCAUCAUCAUCAUCAUCAUCAUCAUCAUCAUCACCUAGAUCCACUAUCAGUGAAUGGGAAGGAUCAAGGAGAUCGUGGUCUUCGAUUCGUGGAUGGAUUCAACGUGAAGUUUCUGGAGUCCUCAACUCCAUCGUGCUGCAGCAGGUUACGCUCCCCUUCGGGUUGGAACAGGAACAGUUGGGAACAGAAGAGGGGAACCACUCACAGGCCGGCCAGCUGAGCAAAGGACUCUAA